AUGUUCGAAAAUGUGUGCGCCAUCCCGCUCGACCACGAUCUCUUUGCCCAGGCCAUCCACCCGGCCGAGCCCGUUGUGGCUGUCGGGCUUGCCUCGGGUCACGUGCAGACCUACCGCCUGCCUCCCGCCACUGACAACCACAACAACACCACGCUAGCCUCGGAGAAAGGCUUUGGCACGAUUGAGACGGCCUGGAAGACACGGCGACACAGGGGCAGUUGUCGCACCCUCGGCUACAGCAUUGACGGCGCCCACCUGUACUCGGCCGGUACCGAUGGUAUUGUCAAGAUUGCCGACGCCAUGACCGGCCAGGUGGUCGCAAAGAUUGCCGUGCCUUUGGAUCCCGCCAAUAAGGCCAUCGACGCCCCGACCCUCGUCCACGCCCUCUCUCCGCAAUCCCUCAUUCUCGCAACCGACUCCUCAGCCCUCCACAUCUACGACAUCCGCGACCUCGGCGGCAAAUCUGCCCUUAAACCAGAAACCACCCACCACCCCCACGACGACUACAUAUCCUCCCUCACGCCCCUCCCCGCUACCGCCGCUAGCACCAGCGGCUUCAGUAAGCAAUGGGUCACCACGGGCGGGAGCACACUCGCCGUUACCGAUCUGCGGCGCGGCGUCAUGGUCCGCAGUGAAGACCAAGAGGAAGAACUACUCAGCUCCGUCAUGGUUAGCGGCCUGCCCAAAAAGGGCACCAGCGUGGGCGAAAAAGUCAUCGUUGGCGCAGGCAAUGGCGUCUUGACUCUAUGGGAACGUGGCGUGUGGGACGACCAGGACGAGCGCAUUGUCAUUGAUCGCUCCAGAGGCGGUGGCGAGAGUCUCGAUGCCCUUGCACUGCUGCCAGAGGGCGUAGGUCCGGGUGGCAAGAUUGUCGCUGUCGGAAUGGGCAACGGCACCAUGCGCUUUGCCAAGAUUGGUCCCAACAAGAUUGUUGCAGAGCUCAAGCACGACGAGCUGUCGCAAGAGGGUGUCAUUGGCCUAGGCUUCGAUGUUCAUGGCAGGAUGAUUAGUGGAGGGGGCAAGACAGUGAAAGUGUGGGGUGAGCAGACAUGGCAAGAUGUUGAUGAGGCCGAGGAGGACGACGACGAAGACGAUGACAGCGACGAUGACAGUGACGUAGAUGCGACGGCAACGAAUGGCAAGCGCGCACACGAUAGCGAUGACGACGCGAAUAGCCAUGAUAGUAGCUCCGAGGAUGAAACCAAGGGCAAACGCAGGAAGCGCAAGCGAAACAAGGGCGGCCAGGCAAAGGGCCACGGCAUCUUGAAGUUCACGGGUCUGGACUGA